GUUUUGCCAGAGAGAAACAUGGCAGCGCAUGACUCAGCUUCUCUUAUGGGCAAACGCCUUUCCGUCAGUCAACCAGCGGGCUUCCGUCCUUUCCUGUACCGUCACUUCUUCCGCUUUGAGGAAGCGGGGAUCUGGUUUGGAAAAAUGGCAAAGCAGAGGCGCGCUGGUGCGGGGGACGCGGUGGAGAGGGAGCUCGAGUGACAUCAGGAGAGCUUAGUUGGGAUGUCUCUCCAAAGAUGCUGCCAUGUAAGAAGAGGAAAGCCAUUACGGCGGAUCCGGAGGAGGACGCACAGACCAUUCCAAUGGAGACUUCUCCCGCAGGUGGGAUUAGCCAGCUGUGCAGCCUGGUGCUGCAGGGUGAGGGUCAGGACACUGCAGCUUUGACUGAAGGGAGGGGUCUCCGCAGUCUGCCUGCAGACACACCCGUCUGUUCAUCUUCCCCUACUAUGCCAACUACUGCAGGGGGCUUGUCUUUCUUGGGAGAUGCCGGAGGUGAAGCUGGAAAGAGAGUUGCCGCUUCAUCCAGAGAUACAGCACAGAAAGGCUGGCGGGAACUGUCAGAGGCCUCUUUGCGAGGUGGGGAGAUUUCGGCUAAGAUGGAGUCAGAUUUUUCCCUGGAGCGAGGCAGAGAGAGUCGGGAUGUAAAUGAGUCUCUGCCACCUGAGCUGCUUGCAGAUAAGGAGCAGAAACUGCGCUCUGAAGAUGGCAGCGUUUCUCCGAAGUCGGAGCCUGCGUGGGAGGCGGGAUAUCCUCUUCCAAAGGCUGCCCAGGAUGCUGAAUUGUUCCAUGAAGUCAAAGAGGAAGUAGAGGAGGCAGGGCUGUUCAUCCCCAUGGAGCGAGAAGGAGGGAAGAGAAAGAGGAGGAAAGCCACUAAACGGAAGCGGGAAGGGAAGUGCCCGGAGGAGGAGGAAGGGCCCUUGGCUUGCGACCUCAAACUGGAUGACACCCUAGACCGGACUUUGGAAGAUGGGGCGAAGCAACACAACCUGACAGCUGUCAAUGUCCGAAACAUCCUCCAUGAAGUGAUCACAAACGAGCACGUUGUGGCCAUGAUGAAAGCUGCUAUCAGUGAGACAGAGGACAUCCCCAUGUUUGAGCCAAAAAUGACUCGCUCCAAACUGAAGGAAGUGGUGGAGAAAGGAGUGGUCAUCCCAACGUGGAAUAUUUCUCCAAUCAAAAAGGCGAACGAAAUCAAGCCCCCUCAGUUCGUGGACAUUCCCCUCGAGGAAGAUGAUUCCUCUGACGAAGAGUACCAGCCGGAGGAGGAGGAAGAGGAUGAGACAGCAGAGGAGAGCUUGAUGGAGAGUGACGUGGAAAGCACAUCCUCAUCUCCACAGGUAGCCAAGCGGUCUCGGUCGAGACGGUCCUCUGAUCCGAUAGAGGCUGACGAGGAGGCAGCAACGCCACUGGAGGAAAUCACUGCACCUCCCCUUCAGCGGCACAUCAGCGCUGAAGUUGUCCCAAUGGGACCCCCGCCUCCCCCAAAACCCAAGCAGAGCAAGGACACCACCUUCAUGGAGAAGCUGCAUGCAGUGGAUGAGGAACUUGCCUCCAGCCCCGUGUGUAUGGAGUCCUACCAGCCGCUUGAAGACAGUUUGAUCGCCUUCCGCACCCGGUCGAAGAGACCGCUGAAGGACGUGCCCCUUGGCCAGUUGGAAGCUGAGCUCCGCGCCCCCGACAUCACCCCCGACAUGUACGAUCCCAACACAGCGGAUGAUGAGGAGUGGAAGAGGUGGCUCGGUGGCCUCAUGCAUGAUGAUGUGGGAAAUGAAGAUGAGGUUGAUGACGACGAUGAUCCAGAAUACAACUUCCUUGAGGAUCUCGAUGAGCCGGACACAGAGGAUUUCAGGAACGAUCGUGCCGUGAGGAUCACAAAGAAGGAAGUUAACGAGCUAAUGGAGGAGCUGUUUGAGACGUUUCAGGAUGAGAUGGGCUUCUCCAACGUAGAGGACGAAGGGCCGGAGGAUGAGGAUGGUGCUACUGAGGCCCGGCCAAAUUUUAAUACUCCACAGGUGCUCAGGUUUGAAGAGCCCCUGGCCAACUUGCUGAAUGAGCAGCACCGGACUGUGAAGGAGCAGCUGGAGCAGUUGCGCAUGAAGAAGUCGGCUGCCAAGCUGCCCCAGGAGGCGGAGAAGCUGAAGCCGCGGGAGAAGCCUGUCCAGGCCCUGAUGCUGGACGCGGGGCAGAAGAAAAGGCUGCAGCAGCAAAUGCAGCAGCAUGUCCAGCUCCUGACGCAGAUCCACCUUCUCAGCAGCUGCAACCCCAGCUUGAGCUCAGAGGCCAACACCACGCGGCUCUUUCUGACUGAGCUGGAUACUUUUGCCCAGAGCGCCGCCCUACUCCGCCAGCCGUCGGGCCACAAGUUCCAGACCGCCUUUCAGCCGUGCAACUUGAAGGAAUCCCUGCAGCUCGUGAGGGACUUCCACUCCCACGUUAAGAUCGAAUGGAGCCCCCGCAAAGCGGUUAAGAAGAAUGUGAGCGACUUUGCUUGCCUGCCGAAGCAAGUUGCGUGGAUCUUGGCCACAAGGAGAGCCUUCAUGUAUCCAGAGUUGCUGCCUACCUAUUCCUUAAAGGCCAAAACGCCCCGGGACAAGAUUGUCUUCACAAAAGGGGAAGACAAUUUGUUAGCGCUGGGGCUGAAGCACUUCGAAGGCACGGAGUUCCCCAAACCUCUGACCAGCCGGUAUCUCCUGACAACCAAGACGGCCCAUCAGCUGACGGUGCGGAUUAAGAACCUCAACAUGACCCGGGUCCCCGACAACAUCCUCAAAUACUAUAAGACGACAAAGCAGUUGCCUGUCCUGCCCAGACUUUGUGAUGAGAUACAACCUGGUGAAUGGAAGCCCCCCUUAGAACAAGAGGAGCACCGUUUGCCCUUCUGGUUGAAGGCCAGCUUGCCGUUCAUCCAAGAGGAGGUGGAGCAAAGCGCCCGAGCAGCACCCACUUUCCCCGGCUCGGAUCCUGACCUUAGCAAAGCUGGGAGGGACCCCGCUCAGCCAGCAAGUGACGAGAAGUACCCUUUUCACAUGCCAGAGGGCUUGCAGUUGAUCCUGAGGCCCCUUACUAGCCGGUUCUGCCGGAAGGUCUGGAGGCGGCAGCGCCCUGCGGCUGCCAAGCCCCUCCCUGUCCGGCCAGGCCUUGGCCUGCCACCUGCCGGCGCCAGUCACUACCUGAAAAUGGCCACUAGGCAGCCCCAGCCGGAAGCCCCUCCCAGCAAAGUUCCGGGCCGCAGCCCCCGCUUGAUUCAGCCCGCUCCCCUGGUGCAUCCCUUGCCAAGGAUACAGCACUUAAGCCUGCAGCCUGCCGUGGGGAACGGGGCUGGCUUUGAGCUCCAGGGCAUGCUGUCUGCUCCGCAUUCUGGCUCCAGGACCUGCUUGGCUGCUGCCGUGCCCCAGAACUUGGUCUCCUCCCUGCCCGUAGCCUUUCAGACAAAAAUGAUUCUCCCGGCGCUACCCACGACGAGAGCCCGGAAGCCUGGUGCUCCCAGGGGUUACCAAAAGAAGAAGAGUCCCAAAGCCACCCCCUUGCUCAAGGCUGCCCCUUUGCUUCACCCAGCACCGGUUAUCUUCACUGUCCCGGCCAGUGCCGUGAAGGUGGUCGGCAUUGCCAACGGCUGCAACGUCUUACACCCUUUGGCGACAACCACAGUGGGCAGAGUUGCACAGCCCAUCCCCAUCACCACCCUGCUGGUGAACCCCGCCCCUUUCCCGUGUCCUCUGAGCCAGCCGCUAGCGAACCCUCCUGCACCUUCCCAAGUGGUUGCUUCAAAUCCCACCGGCUCCCCUGUUCCCGUGAGAUCCAAAGAUCCCGCGUUGGUAAGCCAGCCCGCCGGUGGAGUUGCAUGCCCCGUCCAGCCUGAACCCGAAGUGGAGCCGCACGAGCCGUCCUUGUGUUCGACUGUGGCAGCCUCGAGCCCUGACUGUGUUGUCCAAGCGGAGGCCCCUGUUGAGCCGCACGGGGAGGUGGCCAAAGAGAGGGCCGUUGAGCUGGCAGCCACGGCUCCCUUUUCCUCUUUGGCAGAGUUGGGAGAGAUCGCGAAGGUUGGCUUUGGAGAUCCCAGAGAGCACCCUCAGGAGGCAGCCCCCGUUCCAGAGGAGCCCAGCUCUGUGGGUGCCCCUAUCAAAGAGGAGCUGGUGUUGGAACUCGGGCAGGAGCUGGAUGUGGAGCCCACCCCAGAGGGUCUAACUGAGCCAAAGGAAAUGCAGAGCAAGCGGAGCUCCGGCGAGAAGAAAGAGAGAGGCCAGGGAGAGCCCGGGGAGUGCCGGCAAGGUACAGAAGGCAGCGGCAGCGCCCCCGAGAACACCUGCCGCUCUGCAGCCGGUGGGUCUGAGCCUGGUACCCCCUUGGAGAAGCUGGAGGAUUCCUCCAGUGCGGGUGGCCAUGCCAUGGGGAUGCCUGCUGGCCACGAGGCGACGUCAGGCGAGAAAGAUGGGCCGGAGGAGGAGGAGGAGGAGGAGGAGGAGGACUUUGAUGAUUUCACUCAAGAUGAGGAAGACGAGGAAAUGUCAUCAGCUUCGGAGGAAUCGGUGCUUUCUGUGCCAGAGCUGCAGGAGACAAUGGAGAAGCUGACAUGGCUAGCAUCCGAGAGGCGCCUGAGCCAGGAAGGGGACUCGGAGGAGGAGAAUUCCCAGGAGGAGAACUCUGAGCCGGAGGAGGAAGAGGAGGAGGAAGAAGAGGGGGAGAAUCUGGAAAGCCUGCAGAAAGAGGACGAAAUGACAGACGAGGUGGCGGAUCCUGGAGACAGGCCCGUGUCAUCGCUCACCACGACUUGCGCUGCCCCGGAGGUGGAGCCCAGCAGGACCCCCCCAGGGGAGAACACCAAAGCCCCUGGGAAAAGCCGGCCCUCCCACAAAGCCCGAGCGAAGAGGGGUCGGGCUCGCGCCAGCAAGGAUACCUCCAAGCUGCUUCUUCUCUAUGACGAAGACAUCCUGGAGAGGGACCCCUUGCGGGAGCAGAAGGACUUGGCCUUUGCCCAGGCCUACCUGAGCAGGGUGCGCGAGGCCUUGCGGCACGUUCCGGGCAAGUACGAGGAAUUCCUUCACAUCAUCUACGAGUUUGAGAGCAACGCCCAGAAGCAGACGGCCGUCGACCUGUACGCCCGGCUGCAAAUCCUCCUGCGGGAUUGGCCGCAGUUGCUCACGGACUUUGCCGCCUUUCUUUUGCCCGAGCAAGCCCUGGAGUGCGGGCUGUUUGAGGAGCAGCAGGCUUUUGAGAAGAGCCGGAAGUUCCUUCGGCAGCUGGAGAUCUGCUUUGCUGAAAACCCUUCUCACCACCAGAAGAUCAUCAAAGUUCUACAGAGCUGCGCAGAGUGUCUGCCCCAGGAGAUAAUCGAGUUGAAAACCCAGAUGUGGCAGUUGCUGAAGGGACACGAUCACCUGCAAGACGAGUUCUCCAUCUUCUUUGACCACCUGCGCCCGUUGGCCAGCCGCUUGGGAGAUUUCGAGGAAAUCAACUGGACGGAAGAGAAAGAGUAUGAGUUUGAUGGAUUUGAAGAAGUCUCCUUGCCAGACGUGGAAGAGGAGGAGGACCCUCCAAAGAUUCAUGCAUCUGUGAAAAAUAAGAAGAGGAAGGAACUUGGGCAGAAUACUGACAAGGAGGCUGAGUGGGCAGAGGGAGUGAAGGAAUGCUGCUGCUCCUGCCAUGAGGGAAGCGGCGACCUGCGGCUGAAGAGGAGCAAGCGGAGGACCUGCAGCCACUGCAGCAGCAGCAGCCAUAAGGCAGGGGACAGCAAGGCCUACAGGAAUAAAGACUCCCAGGAGCUGGCCGACAGCCUUGCUCAGCGAGAACUGAGCCCUCGCCCUGAAGGGAAAGAACCUGUAGAGGAGAGCCUGGAGCAGAGAGAAGAUGGGGAGGCUCCCCAGAGCAGGAUGAGGACAGCCGGCAGGAGAGGAGACACUGCAGCGGGAGGAUCCCGUGCAGAAGGAAAGCCUCCUUUGCCCAAAGAAACUCCUUUGGAAGGGGGGGUGCUGGCGAGUGGCAAGGCAGCAGAAUCAUGCUCUCUACCGGGGCCUCCCUGUCCGAAGAAGGCCAGUGAUCCUGCUAAACCGUUCCCUCCUGGUACCGCUGCCUCUUCUAUGCUGCAAGCACAACGGGGUGUCCCACCAAAACUACAUCGAUCCAAAAGCAGCUCUUGUUCUAUGGAAGGGGAGAGUGACACAGGAAUUGGCCUGAGGGGCGGGGAGGCUUCUUCAAGCCGUAACAAAGACAUUCUGGGGGCCAAGGCUCCUGCAGAGACAGGGUGCAGGGUGGCCAGUCCAGGUCCCAACCCUCCUCCGGCCAAGAGUUGUCCGCAAAAAAUUGCCCUCUCGCAGGAGCCCAUUACCGCUGCUCGGCCGUGUCUCAAGGACAAAGAAGCAGACAGCUUGCCUGCCUCUCUGGAUACAAAAACCAAGGGGAGGGAGAUGUGUGGCUCACACUCCAAAGACCUCGGGCCAAAGGCAGGAGCAGCUAAUUGUAGCCUGCAGAUGCAAGCAGAGGCUUCUGGAGCUUGCAGUCCUCCAGCCCCAGCGGCACUGGGUGUAAGUGACCAUCUGCAGGUACUGCCAGCAGUGGGAGGUGGCGGUGAGCGCGCCGGCUCACUGCGGGGAGAAGACUUGCCCCCGAGAGCAACAGAAGCCACUGUGUGUGCCAAGAACAUCAAGGUCAGCUCCACAGGGGAGAAGGUUGUCCUGUGGACCAGAGAGGCUGACCGGGUUAUUCUGACCACCUGCCAGGAGCGAGGGGCUCAUCCAGACACAUUCAGUGCUAUCUCUCAGCAGCUGCACAAUAAAACAGCAGAGGAGGUAGCCCAUCGGUUUAGGGAGUUGAUGACCUUAUUUCACACAGCCUGUGAUGUCAGCUCAGAGGACGAGGAAGAUGGAAUGAGCACCAGCAACACCGACCAGCUUUCUGACAAAGAUCCAGUGCUCUCUGAGGAAGAGCAGGAGGAGCAAGGCUUUUAAAAGCAUGAGCCAAUACCACCACCUCUGCCACAAGCAGUGGUUGAAGAGGGAGGUGGUUGGGAAAUGUGUUUGCAUUGGAAUUUACACAUCACAGUAAAGCUGCUGCCUUCAGACUCUUCUCCCCCCUCAAAAAACGGGCAGGGUCUGCUGUGUGGUGGAUGCAAUGCCGAUUUGCACUCGUUCUUGGAUAACAGCUGAUGUAAAUAUUUUAAUAUUAGGGAAAAUGUGUAAAUUCUCUCUUUGUGCUGCUUUUGAGUGGCUAUUCAUUGUGCAGUUGUAUUUUAAGGAAUAAAAAGUCAUUCCU